AUGGCAGGGCAUAGAGAAGCUAGGAAGAAUCCUAAUUAUUCAGGUGGAGAUUUCGGAUUUGGUGGGAGCACGUUUACUAGCGUAUUCGGGGGCAAUGAUCCUUUUCACGGCCCUUUUUUCACUAGUCCUUUUAGCAUGUUCGGUUCCAACACUUCUAGCUCCGGUGGUCCCGCUAAUUUUCAGCACGCACAACCAAAAGGACCAGUUAUUCAAGAGCUCGAUAGUGAUGAUGAUGAUGAUGAUGACGUGCGGGUGGUAAAUAAGGAAGGUGAUGUUAGUGAUGCUGCUGAUUGGCGCAAUAAAAAUCCUCUAGUUGAGCAUCCAGAGGAUCAAGACAAUGACAAUGGAAAGAGUUCUAGCAAUGGGAAAGAAAUCUUAUGUAGCACGAAUAAUGACAAAGUGGCGGCAAACAAACAACAGUCUGGAAAUUCGAGCUAUCAGAGGGUGACUUAUGGGGGAACAAAUGGAGCCUACUACACUGCAACGACUUCUCGUAGGACAGGUAACGAUGGGGUGACGGUGGAAGAAAGCAGACAGGCUGAUAAGACGACUGGUCGAGCAACCCACAGGAUUUCUAGAGGACUUCAAGACAAGGCUCGGGAAGUAGAAGAGAAAGCAGACUGGGAUUUUGGGGAGGAUUUAUGA